ACCAGACACAGUUUUGUUUUUGGCAUUCAGAGUUCACGCGGGCAAUUGAAGGCAAGGUGUUGAAGUUGAAGAAAUCAGUUGGAGUAACAUUAACAUUCAAAAAAACAAUAUAAUCUUUAAUUUGCCAUCGAUUUGGUUUAUGAAGAACCGUAGGCUUUGGUGUUGUGUAUAAUGUUGGCACAGGAGAUAGCACCGACGGAAAUUGGCAAGCACGCAAACAUUAUCGGAGCUGCCCAGGAGGAUCUGGCAAACAUGGAUGUUCUCGUGUGUGGACGCUGCCUGAAGGCCUACAACUUUGUGGAGGAGUUUCAGGCGCACAAAGAGGAUGCCUGCGAAAAGGAGAAUGCCAGCUUGAAGGACUCGCUGGACACAAAGCCAUCAAUCUGGGCAUUUUCAUUGUGGAAGGCCACGCAGCUGCACGCGCGCAAGGAGUCGAGUGCGAGUAACUCGUGGGCCAUGUACCAGCAUUGGGUGAGGCUGGAGGAGAGCGUGAGGGAGCCAUGGAUUGUGGCUGGCCGGACUAUACAGUCCUUUGGCAAGAUCGCACAUGGACAGCUGCAGGAUAUGCCAGUGCGCAUCACCAAGACGGUUGUGAAUCCCAACAACAAUAACAACACCUCGAACAGCAACAACAACACAAGCUUAUCCCCAACCAGAAAAUCGCCAACCAAGCUACCAACCGUGUCCAGCCAGCAGAAGGACAUUGAGAACGAACGGCCCAAAUCUAAGCCUGGUACCCCAACCCUGCCAGCAGCAACCACCGCAUCGAGUGGUGGCGCUGUCAAGCCCAACAAUCGCAUAGCCACCCGUAUUGAUUCGAAGACCGAACAGCGCACCGAAGAGGCUGUGGAGAAGAUCGUCGCGAAGCGCUACAAUCCGAGACGCAAGACGCACGAGUAUCUGGUCAAAUGGGUGGAUCGUUCGCAUAAUGAGAACACCUGGGAGGUGAUGUCCAAUCUCGAGAAUGUGCCCUUCUUCUUGCAAAUGUUUGAGAAGCAGCUGGCGCGACAGAAGCUGACCAGAGAGAAGGGUCUGGAUGCGUUGAAGCGGCUGCAGAAUCCGGUGCCCUCCUCGAAAGGUGAUGCCGCAGCUCCACUCAGUCCAGCCCCGCCGCAGGCACAGGUAUCGCCGACCUCUCGACCAUCGCGCACUUCCAAAACCAAGGCCAUGGAUGCGUUCAAGCAGUGGGUGACAGAUACAGCCGGCGGUGAUGGUUCCUCAUCGCCCUCCUCGGCCAAUGACGAUGAAUCCGCCAACGAGCAGGAGUGGGCAGCCGCCGCGUCGUCGGGUCCCGCCAAACGUAAGUUCAAUCAAACGGAUUCCAGUAUGGACGAUAGCGCAGUGAACGAAUCGGCGGAUAUGGAGGAUCUCGAGGAGGAUCUGCCCGCACACACUGUGAAGCGUUUAAAAAACGGCGGUAGCUCCGUGCAGCAGAGCAAGUCGCGUGUCCAGUCGGCUGAGCGGCAAGCGUCAUCCAAGAUAAAUGGAAACUCUGCUGCGUCCGGAGCUGACAGCAACAAAAUGGGAGAAAUAAUCUACACGGAGGAUACCACCAGCUCUGGAAUGUUUCGCAAACCCGAGAUGCCAAACACUCUGCUCUCGAAGAAGGAUAAAGUAGAGUGUCCUGUGCGCUAUCUUACCCGCUCGGAGAUAGCCAGCAAUAAUACUGGCGUCUUCCGCGUUGAGCACUCGGAGCCGACACCACCCGUCACGCCAGUGGCAGCCGCACAGAAGACCAGCGCAUCAGCCACGCCAGUGGCAGGAGGAGGCGUAGCCAAGAGACUGAGCGUGGCGCGGCCUGCACACUCCAAAUCAAGUUCGCCCAUAACUGUGAGCCAGCGCCAGCAGGUCUUACGACCCCCGGGUCAGGGUGGACCCAUAACAACGACAGUGCGGCGUCCAAUGGGUGGCACACCACAACAGACUCGCACACAGCCACCGACGAGAGCACAUCCCGGCGGCCGACCACUGGCACGCGCUGGCCCAGGAACGCCGCAGCUGCGGCAGCAAGCGUCGCCAGCAGCUGGCUCCAAAGUGGUCACACCCGAGCAGAAGAUCCUGCAGCUGUCCAAGUCCGGAGACUUGAAGGUCACGCGCAAGGUGGUUACCCGAGAAGAGAUAAUUGCCCAGCGCCAGGCCCAAGCCCGCCAGCAACGACAGGCCCAGCAAUCAUCCCAAUCGCAGCUACAAAAGGUGCUGGCACCUGGGCAAAGGCAAAGGCUAGCGCCCAAGCCAGCGCCACAGCCCACGCCCCUCCAGUUGGAGCUGGAGGAGGAGCUGCACCAUCAUCAGGCCCAGUUGUGCCCCAUCACGGGCAAGCUGAUUGGCCACGAAGAGUCGCAGCUGCAGGCCGAGCAGGAGCAGAUGCAGGAGGAGCAGCGCGAACAGCUGGAGGCAGCCGCACACGCGCUCUUGGGCGGGGAUCAGCAGGUGCUGACCAACGAGGAUGGCUCAGCUCUGCUGGUGAGAGGAGAAGAUGGCACCGUCUACCAGGUGGCUGGCAAGAAUGCCGAGGGACAGACCAUAUUGGUCACCCAGGGUCCGGAUGGCGAGCAACAGUUUGCGUAUGUGGCCGCCGCUGAGGGCGACGAUCAGGAUGUGCUCUCGCUAGACCAUGCCGUGGCUGAGGCUGUCCAAGCUGGUGAGCAUUCUGCUGCAGCAGCCACAUCCGAUGGCGAGCAAAUUCUCGUCUCCAUGACCGAAGAGGAGCUGGCCCAACACCAAGCAGCCACACUGCAGCAGGAGAGUUCUGGCACCGGCACGGGCACCCCGGUCUCUGCUCAAAUUCACAUCACAACCUCUGACAGCGAUGGCAUCGAAUCCCAAAUACCAGCUGAAGUAGUGCAAGCGGAUAUGCCCUCACCAGGUGGAACACGUCGCGUCGUUUUGUUGCUACAGGAUGGCAGUUUUAUGAUGACUGAGAUGAACGAAGAGCAGUUCAAGACCCUCAACAUCCAGACGUAAAAAAAACAUGUUGUUAAUAGUCUCUUAAGCUAGCACUAGGCGUAGCUCCUAAGCCCACACGAUAUACAUACUGCAUAUAUGGAAUGAGAGAGCACUUGAUCGUCGUUGCACCUGCGCGGCUUCGUUUAGGGGUAGUACAUUCCCGAGAACACCCACUAAUUAAUGACAUUUGGGGUACAUCCCCAUGACUAAACUGCACUUUUGGUUUUUUUCCUUCAUUUUUUGUACAAGUUUUCUUUCCAUAAUUAAUUAUUUCGCCAACAAUUCUUAGUGUGGAGAAAAGCUAAGCUGGAACGGCAACAAAUAAACAAGCAACAAAAAUCGUA